UUACAGGGUUGUGGUUCUUUAAUUAUACACACGUCUAACAUUUUGUAUUACAGUAAACUAAUUUUCAUGCAUUAUAAAGUUAAAAUGUCUCUACAAUUGAGUUUGUAGAUUAUUAUUACUUUGCUUUGUAUUUUAAUGGGGUUUCUACAAAGCUGUGUCAUAGUUAUUUAAGUGCUGAUGAUGUCGAUGACAGUGGUGGUUUGACACUUGGGUUGGGAACUGCAGAAGAAACCUCUCGGUGGUUACCAAUUUAGAAGAACUUUACAAAUUGUCAGUACUACUUAGCAUCUGUGUUUUGAUAAAGGGUGAAAGAUGAUUGAGUUGACCGUAAAAACACUUGAUUCCAAGAACCACGCCUUCUCAGUUCCUGACGAUUUAACAGUGAAACAACUCAAAGAACGGAUUGCUGACUCUGUGAACAUUCCAGCGGAAUCUCAACGUCUAAUUUACUGCGGAAGAGUUUUACAAGAUGAUAAAAACCUCAGCGAAUAUGACGUGAACGGAAAGGUGAUCCAUCUGGUGCAGCGAGCUCCACCUUCCAGCAAUGGUAGUGGUCCUGAUCAAGGUCCCACCACACAGGCUGGCAACGGCGCAGGAGGCCGGCGCUCACAGCAGUGGCGCACGCUGUUUGCUCCUCCGAGAGGCAACCCGGCCAUGUAUGUGGGGGCCAUGGCUUUUCCUGCAGAGUUCAUGGAUGCUACUGGUAUAUCCAUGCAGCAACCACGCUCAUGUCUGACUCAGAGCCGCUUGAAUGUUGCCAGUCAGAUGUUACAACGAGCGUCCAACAGAUUGGACGCUCUGGAAAACCCAUCCCAGGAGUCUGCGAAUGCGUCGCCAGAAAAUGGUAAUGGAUCUACAGCAAGUGGUUCUGAAGAUCCAGUUCCCACCACCAGUGUCCCUAUCCAAGUAGAAAUUGCGGCUGUCAUCGGCAGUCAGGGCUCUGUUACUGUAGAGGGUCCCAGUGUUGAAGUGACGACCGAGCCUCAGCCGACCAGAGACACCGAUCCACCACAGUCCUCGGCCUCUUCAGAUCAGCAGCAGCAAUCACAGAACGGUGGUGAGAGUGACUCCAACGGCAGGUCUCGCUCUGUUGGUACUCGGUCUCUGGCUGAGUUGAUGGAUCAGGUGACAGAGGUCAACAGCAGACUGCAGCCGUUCAUGACUCAGUACCGUCAGCUGAUGCAGGAUGACCCAGCAUUCACUGAACAGGAGGGCCAAGACACUGUAGCCAGCAGCCAGAGAGUGUUCAACGGAGUGUCGGAGGUGAUGCAUCUACUGGCCCACUGCUACCAUGCUAUCAGUGACAUACUGUGUGACAUGUCUCAGCCGCCGCCCAGACAGCUGCGGUGUCGUCCUGUACUCAUACAACACUCGGCUGUGGUUCAGACUGACAUCCCUGUACAUGUAUCAGCAAAUUUAGGCACAAUAAAUGCCUCCACCUCCCGACAAACUUCAGGUAACGGUAGCUCAGCUUCGGCUGGGGGAGCAGAGAGGGGGAGCCAGCUACUGAACUCUUUGGCUGAGAAUAUUGUUCAAGCGAUUAACAAUGGCAGCAUGGCCGGGGCCUACGGGAAUGUGGCGGCUGCAACAAAUGAAGCUGCCACCCAGCAGAAUGCGAGCACUGGCAGUGCCAAUGUCGGAGUGAUCGGAGAAGAGAGGCUUUGGUCCGAAGGGUUUGUCCAGGCAAUGAACGAGCUUUCGGGACAUCCGCCGACUACUUCUCCCUCUGCGUCUGUCUCAGCAACGCCCCAGCCCUCUACCACAUCUCAGCCCUCUACCACGCCCCAGCCGUCUAGCACGUCCCAGCCGUCUACCACGCCCCAGCCGUCUACCACGCCCCAGCCUUCCACUACGCCCCAGCCGUCUAACACGCCCCAGCCUUCCACUACGCCCCAGCCCUCCACCACGCCCGCCCCAGGCUUUGCUUCACCUCUGCGCAUCGCCCGUGUUGGGUCUAUGACUCCUGGGCUGGAGUUCUUCGUAGACGUAGCUCCCUCGGGUUCUAUCAUGAUAGACUCUGUGGAAGCUCAUGUCGUGACCAACGCACCUGUUGGAACCGCCUCUGCAGAUGGCACUUCGCAAAACCCACCAGAAUUCGUUCAAAACUUGAUAACGGCUCUGGCAGGCCAGUUUAUGGGAGCGACACUGCAGCAAUACCAGACACAGCAACAACAACAGCAGCAGCAACAACAGGCUAGCAGUAGCUCUACCCAGUCUGGACCAGCACCAGCCGCAGCACAGAACAGUCAGGCCCGGGUCAACACUGCCACUCACCCGACCACUGCCACUCAAACCCGGUCUACUGCACGGCCUCAUCAAGUGCAGCUGUCCUCCCCGACAAUACACGCCAUGCGAACCACCUCGUUUGACCCGUUCUUGCCGUGUAACUCGGUUCACAACCCGACUUCACGACCUCACAUCACGGCCCGUCGUGUACACACUCAGUCAGGGGCGCCAACCACCAGCAAUGCCAGAGAGACGGAGAACGGAAUCACUUUCCAGCUGCGCACAGGAACGGGGAGUGGAAGUAGGAGUACUGAUAGGGGAGUGGGGAGGGGAACGUCAAGGGGAGCUAGCAGAGGAGCACAUCGUCGAGUGCCGAGAGCCACCGUAGCAUCCACCGUAAUUCCCCAACCAAUGCCUCCAGAACUGUCAGUCAUCUACCAGGCCAUACGUGACCCUAAUAACCCGUCAACUUUGGCUCAGCUGCUACAGAAUGUGCCUGGAUAUUCCUACACUCCAGGAGAAAGCAUCUUCACAGAUGUGUUCAUGACUCUGGCGGAGAGUUUGUCGUUCCUGGACAUGGUACAGCUUGGACUAGGCAACUCAGAGUGUCUGGUGAGAGCUCGACCUCAGUUGCAAGAGUUGAUAUCUCAGCGUCUCCUCAACAACCAGCCUCUCACCAUCUCCGCCAUUACACAGAUCAUUGAGCGCUUUAACAACGAGCUCCGCCAGUACUACAAUAUAUUUGAUAAUGCCAGGUUGAGGGAGGAAUUUGACUUACCUGCUUCUAUAAGUCUUUACAAUCACUCAUUGCUACCCAGCAUCCUCAACACUGUUAUGGAGGAGAGUUUUGAUCCAUUAUCAAUCCGAGAAAUUUGGUGGGCUCAACUUGGCGCAAGUUUGAUUUAUCAAGGUCAGACGACGUUUCACAGGACACUGAUGAGGCAGUGUUCGUUGUACGUACGUCAGCUGUGUGCUCUGCUCCUCCACUGCUGUCUUGACGGGGCAUCCGGGCUGGAAACUAUUCUCCGAUCUUUUGUGAACCAGAUGACCACUGGUAUGCCAGGAUUUCUGCAGGAGUGGACAGUGUCUCACUCUGUGGUCAACUUCCACACGUUCAUCAGCUCUCUUAACGUUCCUGUGGACGACAUCAAGCCUUUCUUGGUCUAUCGUGCUGGUAACACUGCUGCAGCCUCACCACAACCGGCCACUUCGCCACCCGCCGUGCCACCUGCUGCUGAGCCAAUGGACGUGCAAGACGCUGAAGAAGCGGCGUCUGCUGUGACCCUGAUGCGUGAACCGCCAGUGGCUGAUGUGCCACCUACACAACACAUCAACCAGGUCAUGGGCUGGCAGGGCGCCCUGCCUUCUGCCUGGGUACCAAUCAUCACGAGAGAUUCGCAGCGACAGCGACGACAGAGCCCUCAGACUCCCUUUAGUGAUGCCUACCUUUCUGGCAUGCCGUCCAAGAGACGCAAGGUUAUAAGCUCUGCCAAACCCCAGGGCAACCUCACACAAGUCAUAUCAGAGAGCAUGGCGGUUGCGCUGGGGGCAGCAGGGAUGAGUUCAGGCCCAGAGGUGGACGUGAUAGCAGCACGUGCUGGGCAAGAUCGCGACCUGCGUACUGCGUAUAGUGAGCAAGUGCGGAGGACACUUGCCCAGAGAUUAGCCUCCGACCCAGACUACAACAGCAACAACAACAAGGACAAGUAUCCCAACUCAACCAAGUACUACUUCAAUCAGCAGUGAUCUGUGAUCGGCUUUAGUUCACUCGAUUUCCUCAAAGAUAUCUAUGUUAUUUUACCCUUAUGUGUAAAAACACUGUAAUUUACAUUUUCAUUAAAGUUUUGUCGCUUUCAAAA